AUGACACCGGCGGUUUCAAUUCCGCCGAGUGAAUCGCCGAUCCGUCGCGCCGAUCUCCGUCGUAACGGCAUUAAUCGUUUCGAUCCCAUCGAGAAGACCACGAUCGAGAGACGAUCCAUCUCUCGGAGAAGAGAGAUAACCAAUCUCAUCGCGUGCUUAACCGUCUGCAAAUUUCCUCCGCCGUUGCUCAGAUCGAGAACCGUAACCAGAUCUAUCCAAGGUCUAUGUGCUCUAAUCGCGUCAGAGAUCAACUACGGAGACGGAGAAGCUUUCAAUUUCAUCACCACGACGUGCGUCUCGCUCCUCCUUCCGGUUUUAUUCCAGUUGCAAUUUAACCUCCAGAUUACCGGAGAUUUGAGGAACCGAAUCAGAAUCGGUGAAAAAACCAGGAAAUUCGUCUCCUUCGUCGUCGUUUUCGUCAGAUUCCGAUAUAAACAUGGUCUAAACAUCCCCAACCCAAAAUACCCAAAUAUUUUACUGAGUCGACUCGGCCGCUUCAUAUCGCAAGUGAGAGAUCUUCUUCUUUCGUAUCCGUUUUUGGCUCCUGAUUUUAAUCUUGUAAUAUUUUCUUCUUCAAUUUGUGAUCUUUUUCUUCUAUAA